AUGGCAGGCCUAGCGAAGGCCAUGGCAGCCAUUCAACAGAUGGAAGCAAAAGCCACCUCGAACAAGAAGAACUUCCGGCUCAUAGCCGACCCGUGCAUCAGUGUCGAAUCCUUGAAGCGGCCACUCCGUAACUAUCUAGAGUUUCACAAGAGCAGCGACAUGUGGUCGCUGGUGUGUCCGCCACCUGGCGGACCCCUCACCUUUACGUGGCACACGCCACCGAACGGAAGUUGGCUUUCGAAGUGCAUUGGACUGCUGUACGACCUCCUAGAAGUAGCUCCAAAUUCGAAGCUUCAAUCUGUGAAGCUGCUUCGGGCCUUGAAGUCUCUUGUCGAGGACAAGACCAUGAGCAUCUGUACUCGCAAGAUGACAGAGUCUGAUGUCUUGGACCGGAUAGACCUCAGCAUUCGGCUGCUCCUCUCGCACCUCCGGCAGCUCAAGCAGAACCUCUCCUUGAAGCUAAAAGUUCUUCGUAUGUGCACAGACGACGAGAAGAUGAAGAAGAUCAAUCUCACGUUGGACAAGCUGGAGCUGCCGAUGGAGCUUCUUGUUGGUGAUGCGAAGCCCUUGUUGGAAGAAGGGGAAGCGGAUGGUGAAGAGGAAAACGCAAGCCCAGUCAGGCCAUGCACGACCAUGGUGGUGUAUGAGCCGCAGCCCGCCUUCGUCAGCCCAGUCACCUCUGCUCCUCCGCCCACCUCCCAGCCCACCUCCCAGCCCAUCGCCAAGCCCAUCUCCACACCCAGCUCGUCGGCGAGAGUUCCAUGGACUCUUCCCCAGUUGCCACAGAUUUUCGCCAAGAUCAACCAGGGCACUGGCAGGCAGGAUCACAAAAAAACUUCCGAGGACGAGUGUGUGGCAAAAGGCAAGGCCAAAGCAAAGGUCUUGAAACCCAAGGCCUGCAGUCCCAAGGCCAAGGCCGGCAGUUCCAAGUCCUGCAAGUCCAAGGCCAAAGCCAAGACUUGCAAGCCGAAGGCCAAAAGCUCCCAGCCCGACAUCGCGAAGCCUGGAGACUCCAAGACCCAAACCCAGGCCUCCAAGCCCGAAGCCUCGAAGACCUCCAAGAACGAGCUGGACAUCCUUGCAGCAGCCAUGAAUUUGGUGCCCGACGUUGCCUUGGCGAAGAAGAAGGCGAAGAACGAGAAGAAGCAGCCGAAGAUCGAAAAGAAGACCGACAAGAAAGAUGCAGUGACCAAGAAGAAUGUCCCAAAAAAAGAAGAGCCCAAGAAGCCCAAGGCUGAGAUGACAGAUGCGAAGAUGCCGAAGGCCAAGAAGUUGAAGAAGGAAGGCCCCGAGGUCGCAGCGAGCGAUGUGCCUUUCCCCAAGCUUCCCGUGAAUUAUGUGUUCGAAGCUACCACGUAUGGCGAGUGCAAAGUCGAGUUUUACAAGCAGAAGAGUUACAUCCGGAACUACGAUGCAAUGGGCAAGAAGAGAAGCAUCAUCAGCAGCUGCCACCCCAAGCACCACACCAUUUGUGAGCAGCUUGUGCCACAUGUAAAGGAAGGGAAAUCCUUGCUGGAGCUUUACCAGUGUAGGAUCGACAUUGCAGUGCGAUCAUGUCUGGAGCGGCUCGGUGUCAACAACUGCUUGGACAUCCAGCUGGUCCGUGACAAGUACUGGGUUGAGGGCCGAAAGCGUUCGGAGCACCAGGAGGAUGCCGGCUAUGCCAUCGCCCAGCUCGACCAGGUGUUCCUGCCGGAGAUCUGCAGUGGCAAAGUUCUUGCAGCUUCGUGGGCGGAGGACCCCAAGCCGAAGGUGUCGGCAGAAGCUGGGCCUGGAGUGCCGUCAGCUGCCCCUUGGAUCAACGUGCCGCUGCCACCACCCCCGGUGUUGCCGUCCUGGCCGGCUUUUCCGCCGCCGCCACCACAGCUGGAUGAGGAUGCGGAGGAUGUGGUGCACUUCGUGCCUUGGUUCCUUCACAGUGAGAAUGUUUUCUUGAGUUCUGGUGGACCAACAGAUCCCUACGAGAUUAUCCCCAUGGAGGGCGAGGACGAGAGCAAGGAGGUCGAGGGCGAGGCCACCAAGCAUCUUACCUGCGAGAUCGAGAAACUCCGUGCUGCUGGGCUAGAAGAGGUGCAGGACGACGACGAGGAGCCCAACGAUGAGGCCCAGCAGGACGACGAGGCCGAGAAGGACAAGGCCAACGAAGACGGCAGCCAGUCGGAGGAGGAGGAGGAGGGAGAGCAGGCCCUCUUCGAGCUCGCGAAGCAGGCGAGGCAGCAGGCGGAGCAGACGGAGCAGGCGAAGCAGGAGCAGGCGAAGCAGGCGGCGACGAAGCUCCAGCUCUUCGAGCCGGCAAUGCCUGUGCCGACGGAUGUCGAAGUCGAGGAAGUCCCACCACAGCCUCGGAAGAAACCAGCCGCCAAAGCAGCGAAGACCGAUGUCGAUGCCGAGGAAGACCCACAGCCUCAGAAGAAACCAGCCGCCAAAGAGCCAGCAGCGAAGACCACGGCGAAGCCCAAGAAGAAUGCGGAGGCAAAGAUGAAGGACAAGGUCCAGCCCAAACAGAUAGCCAAGGCCAAAGCAAAGAACCUGGUUCUCAAGAAGCCCUCUGCAGCUCCACAAAGCCAGAAGCGAACAGCCGACGACGACAAGGGCAAGGGUACCUCUGAGAAGAGCAAGAACAAGGGUACCUCUGACAAGAGCAAGAGUACCUCUGACAAGAAGAGCAAGGUGAUUUCCUCAUGGGCCACACCCUUGUUUGCCGAGAAGGAAGAUGCCGAGGAAGAGGGCGGCGAAGAGGAGGCGGCAGAGGUCGACGAAGAGAUCGAUGUGUUCAACACGGACCCCGAGACCCAGACGAAGAAAGACCGAGCGAAAGAUUUUAAAUUUAAGCAGAUGUACCAGAACAACCAGUUGCCCGACUGGCUCGCGGCAAAAUACCGCGAAACGCUCUCCAUGAAGGUGGGGCGUGUGGAGCAGCAGCGAAAGCUCGUGAACAUGUGCCUCGAUCGCACAAAGGAUCAGAAGCUGGUCGUGAACCUGAACAAGCCGAUGUUCAAGGAGAUGCAAGAGACCUGGACGAAGAUCCAGUCCAAGAAAGCAACAAAGACCUUAUCCAAAACACUCUUCUGUGGUAAGUUCAACCUCACAGAGGAUGCUUUCCAAGCCGGGCUCCAGGCGGGAGAGUUUUACGAAGUGACCGACGAGAAUGGCACGUGCAAGUACGGGUGGGAUACGGCCGAGCACAGUGAGACAAAAGCCAAGAAGGCUGCCAGUGUAACCGAGACAGCCGGCAAAAUUAGCAAGGAGCAGCAGGGCUUGGUGGCAGCUGUUGCCGACAAGUGGAGCAUCGGGUUGUUUCGGAAGGCCAGCCGUUCCCCCAAGGCCACAGCCUCCAGCAGCAGCGAGAAGAAGGUGCCCUUGGCUAUCAUGGACCAGCAGCCCCAGUCUCUCUCGUCGAAGGAUUGGGAGAUGGCCAAGCAGCAACUGCACAUGGCGCAGAAAGCCUUCGAGCAGAUCAAGAACUCGGCACAGAAGCUGCUGACAGGAUUGACCAAGGAGGACAAGUUUUACGAUCAGGCGGCCACGAGCGAGAAGGUCAAGAUUGAUCACAUCCAUACAUGGCAGGAGCUACCGGAUGGCUCAGAGAUCACGACCCUGAAGUACGAUGAAAUGAUGCUGGAGUUUGGCACAAAGGCCGAGCAACUUGAAGAGCAAUUCGCUGCUGUCAAGGCACAGCACUCUGUCGUCAGUGCUCGCAAAGCCUAG